GCCCCAGCGGCUCGGGCGGGACUCCGGCCGCGGCGGAACCCGGCCCGCGGGAGGCUUCCCGGCCGCGGCGGGCGCACGCCUCUCCUGCGGAGCGCUCUCGCGGAGCGGCGCUGCCGCCAGCCCGGCUCCACGGCGGCCCCGCGGGCGCGGAAGCGGCGCGCAGCUCCCGAGCAGCACCGUUUGGGGUUCCCUCCCAUCAGCAACCCCUAACUCCGCUCCAACGCGCUAAUUUCCUCCUGCCUCCCAAGCCGGCUUCCUGCCCGCGCUGCCACCGUUUUCCCCCGGCAUCCCGCCCGCCCCGCCGCGCCGCCGGUUCGCGGGCGGCCCGGGACGGUGGCGGCGGGGGCGGUGGGCGGCCCGCGGGCGGCCCCGAUUGGCGCAGCCGGCGCACGUGGGGCCGCCCUCACGCCUCGGCGCUGGCAGCGCGGCCGCCGCCGCGGGGCACGGCAGGGCAGGGCGGGGGAGCGCACCGGGCUCCGCUCCGCGCGGGUCUCCGCGCACCGCACGCGGCGCCUGCGGCGGGGAGGGGAGGGGAGAGGAGAGAGAGGAGUCAAGCCGAGCCCGCGGAAAGAUAGUUUUGGGAAAGGAUUUCUGCUGUGCUGAAGUGCUGCAGGUCUGGGAGCAGUUUGGAGUUUAAUGUUCCUGUGUUCUUCACAAGACAGCACUUGUACUGGAUUGCUGAUGCUUGGAAGACCCAGGUUUCUAUAUCUGAUCAGAAGUGACUGUCAGAGGAGCAAAGAAUGAUUCAACAGCAUCUGAGGUUCUGGAUGCUUCCCACAUCAUUGAGAGCACCAGUCUGCUAUACCUGUGAUCUACAAUGAAUGCCAAAUCUGCAAUCAGCAAAGAGAUUUUUGCCCCACAUGAUGAAAGGAUGCUGGGAGCUAUUCAAGUGAAAAGAAGAACAAAAAAAAAGAUUCCUUUUCUAGCUACUGGGGGUCAGGGUGAAUAUUUAACAUACAUCUGCCUGUCAGUGACAAACAAGAAACCAGCUCAAGCAUCUAUUACAAAAGUGAAGCAAUUUGAAGGCUCCACAUCGUUUGUCAGGAGAACGCAGUGGAUGCUCGAGCAGCUUCGCCAGGUCAAUGGUAUAGACCCUAAUCGGGAUUCUCCAGAAUUCGAUUUACUAUUUGAAAAUGCAUUUGACCAAUGGGUAGCAAACACAGCUUCAGAAAAAUGCACAUUCUUUCAGGUUCUACAUCACACUUGUCAGCGAUACCUUACAGACAAGAAGCCAGAAUUUAUCAACUGCCAAUCUAAAAUUAUGGGAGGGAACAGCAUACUCCAUUCAGCAGCAGACAGUGUGACAAGUGCAGUACAGAAAGCAAGUCAGGCCCUGAAUGAGCGUGGUGAAAGGCUAGGUCGUGCAGAAGAAAAGACAGAGGAGCUGAAAAACAGUGCUCAGCAGUUUGCAGAAACUGCGCAUAAGCUUGCCAUGAAGCACAAAUGCUGAGAUACUGCCCAAAGCUGAAGUCUUCUCAAGAGAAGCUGAAAAGGCUACAAUCAGCAACUUUUACAGGAGAUUCUGUCUUCUGUGUGCUUUUUCCUUCCCGUUCAGUGGAGAUGCAUUCUUUCAGUUUCUGUGCAGGAAAAAGUGUUGCGUUUCUACUUUUCUGACUUCCUUCUGUUCCUCUUUUUUAAUAUUGCUACACAGUCCUGCGGUACUUUCUACCUGUAUUUCAGUUGUUACAGGAGUGAAAGCAGACAUUGAAAAAGGACCAAAUGACGAGCUGAUCAGGAUUAAAAUAGUCAUAUUCUUCCAUGGUUGUACAAAAAGAAAGAUUGAACUGAUGGUGAACAUGUGUGUGGAAAUAAAAUCCAAAGAAGGGGUAUAAUUUUCUUCAUUUAAUGUAGCAUCAGCAGAAUGUGAAUGAAUGUUAGAAUUAAACAUCUGGGGUUGUAGCUAUAGUGGAGGACAAACUGCUUUGUCCUGGGAAACAGAAAUUGUUUCUUUUAAUGUAGGAAGGGUUGCAUGUGCACCAGCAUUCAGAAGUGCAUAUCUGAAUUUCAUUCAUAUCAGCAUUUUACAUGUUCCUAUUUUCACUUUCAGACUGAUGAUUUGAAUAGUAUGCUGAAACCUAGAGAAUGUAUGCUUGAGGUUUCAAACAAGACGAAAAAAGUAAUUUUUACGUCUGUACGCACAUAGCUGUGCCUCAAACACAAUCUGCAAUUCAGCAAUCUUGAUAUGAAAUAGCAUUUUUUUUACCUGUGAUUGUGUGGCUAAAGGCCCAUGAAAAUGAGAAUGCAAAGGCCUGGGAAGAUGAGAGUGCACUAUUUUCAAGACAUCUGUUUUUCAUAAAUUCUACAGUUUUUGGAACACUUCAGAAAUGUGUCUGAUUUUAAUGACUUCUCUGUUAGCAAGUUGUCUGAUUUUUUAAUAUAGAGGCUUUCAAAAAAGCAUGUCUUGGUAUACUAGAAUCAACUUCUAGUUUGAGUCUCAGCUUUCAAUAUGUUAUCACUGGAAGGAUGGCUCUACUUCAUCUGUAUUCAUUAUAUGCAAUAUAGGCACUGUAUUUCUCUUACAAAAAUAAGUAGGUUACCUUUUUCCUUCAUAGCUGUUUCCUUAAGAUUUUUAAGAUGGUCUAAUCUGCUACAAGAAUGAAAAGGAAAAAGAAGGAGAAAAGGAUGUUGUUUUUUUCUUUUUUUAAACCAGUAAGCUAGAAAAUAAAUCCUUGCAAAAGGUACAGCCUUCAUCUUCUGAAAAUGCCUGCUCUUCAUUUUUGCCCUCAUCUUACCAGAGAAAAGCUGGCAUUAUGUGAAUGUACUGUAUUCAUUGUAGAAUAUGAUUUUUGCAUUAUUAAUGACACAACAGUCUAAAAUCCUCAGAGCAGUGCUUGUAAGAAAGAUAAAAGCUACUGUAGUAAUUGAGAAUAUUUUACUUACUGCAAGCUGAAAUAACUGAAAAUUUCAUGGAAAUGCCCAUUUCAUAAAAAGAUGCUUGCCUUUAGGAAAGUAUUCUCAUUUGAACUAAGGACACUGUCUAGUUAGCUGAUUGCAUUCAAACUUAACAUCUGUUUUGGUUUGGGUUUUUUUUUCCUGUAAUUUAAACAGUUUUGUAUGAAGCUUUUUUAUUUAAUUUCACAUGAGGAGUUGAGAGAAUGGGUCAUUUGUGUAGUACCAUAGGAUCAUUUAGCUCUAUUUAGCACCAGCUCCAACAGUUACCAAAUCUAGCACCUACUGAAAGGGAAUUUGGCCACAUCUGUUAUAAAUCAGAACAGGUUAAUUAACAACGCAUGUUCUGAACACUCUGUUGAGCUAUGUGUAAGUAAUGCUUGCCCCGGAAAUGUCUGAAUGCUAUUGUAAUGUCUGGGUAUUUCUGCGAUUAACCAGGGAAAAAGUCUCUGGUUUUUAAACCGAAAUUACACUUCUGCUAGAUACAAAAUGUUAGGCUAUUUUUUUUUGAAGAUGGAUUAUAAAUCAGUCAGGGAGAACCUUUUUGACCACAAAGCUAUCUUGUCAUAUUUUCCAUUCUUUUAAAACUAUUUUCUGCUGCUAACCUCUCAAGGCUUUCUCUCGAGAGAAGGAAGUAGAUUCUGAGCUGCUGUCAUCAAGCCAGAAUGUCCUCUAUGCUUGCAAAUAAUUAGAAGAAAUGUCUAAAACCCAGGUCUUAUAUACCUGAAAAUAAUAAGUUGUCUAAAUUUAGAUAAAAAGGCAUAUAUGUUUACAUAAAUAUCAGCUGGACAGGACAAGAUCAUAAUUGCACUGCUAAGUUCCAGACCUCAUGUGAGCUAAACUGUGCUAAAACAUUGCUUUAGUCCCACCUGAGCUUUUCAGCAUUUUGGGUUGUUUUGUAUCUUCCAGUUAAGUGUAUGAUUUUUAUCAUAACUCAGGACUUUAAUCCAACCAUCAAAAGCCAUUUACUAUGGGAGCUUUAGAUAACCUAAGUCUUCUGAAUGAAGGAAAAGUGGUUUGUCUGUUUACUUUGUUCUUUCUGUUCAUUAAACUACAAGUUUUGGUAGUUUUUAGGGAAAAAAAUCAAGGUGUAUAAAUGUUUAUCCAAAGGUAAAUCUUAGAGCAUUGCAGUUUCCUUCUGGAACUUCGCUUGUAGUGUAUAGAACCUAGUAUUAUUAGAUAGUUGUGUACAUAACAUAUACUAUGAUUCAGGUUAUUGUUUCAUAUGAAAGAAUGUAUUUGUAAAUUGUAACAAUAUUAUUAGUUUCUUUAUCUUUUUAAAGUUCUGAACAGAAUAAAAAUAAUGUAUUGUUAGACUUGACUGCUGUACUGCAAACUCUGUCUUAAAAGGUUAUUUUUGUGUCUAGCAAAAGUUGUGUAUUAUGUGAAAUAUUAACAAAAAUGCGUGCUCUUAAAACUGAUCUUAAAGGUAGGUAGGUUUUGCCAUGAUUUGCCAGAAUUGUAAUACUUGCUGAUAUCUAUUGUAACCAAUUCCUUGGAAGUUCUCAAAGAUGUAGAAAUUAUUUUGUGCCAUUCUGGGGAGAGAAAAAAAAAAAAAAGUGGGACCUGCUCUCUUGACUCACUACUGGAAACCCUGAUUUUUGUCAUUAAAUACUUUACUGUGGUGAAAA